AAACUAGUAAGCCACUUAUUUUUGGUGUCAGUUCUUGCUAAAGUUCUAAUUUAGGAAGUAUCUAAAUUUAUCAGUGCUCUUUAUUUUCAAGAUCAAUUUUUUCGGAAUUAUGUUGCGAAUUAUCUUAGUCACUACUUUCAUCGUCGUGAAUGCAGAUUCGACCGUUAACAGCUAUUCUCCCUCUUCCAGUGGAUUUAAAUCCUACGAUUUUGGAAAUGGAAAUCAAGACAAAUAUUCAAGAGGCUCAUCUAAAUACUAUAUCUCUGGAGCUAGUCCUGGAAAUAUAAAUAGUGCUCUUUCGAGUAGUUACCCUUCAUCUUCGAUUUAUUCUGAUGCAAAUCAAGGGGAAAGUCUUCCUAGUAAUUAUGAGAAUGUAGGAAAUUCUUAUUCCUCGGAUAGUCAAAAUGCUGGCGCCCUUUCUGGAUAUUCAAGAGAUAGGGCCUACUUGCCAAAUUCGGAAUAUACCUCAUCAAGUCUCUCCAGUCAAUCAGAGUAUCCCGGAACGAGUAACUCCCAAUCAGAAAUUUCCGGAAGACCUGAUUACGAAGGUUCUUUAAACGAUUAUACAGGACCAGCAACUCAACAAUAUACUGUUGGUUCAAGUUACAGAGGAUCAAGUCUUGAAAGUUAUCCCGGAAGCCAUGAAGCUACAAGUGUUCGAGGUUCGGUAUCAGCAAACCAAGGAUCUUCACCAGUUUCCGGAUUCGUCGCGAGUCCCAGUUAUCCCGAUUCAAGUUCAAAUCGUGGUAUCUACAAUGGAAACGGAUUUAAAGCUUUAGAUGUUUCUGGAUAUAGAGGAUACCAUCCUGGUUCUAUUACUAGGGAAUUUGUAGGAAGUGGGAAACACAGAGGACAGGUAACAUCAGUCAGCAGCAAAUAUCCCGUAUACGAGAGUUCAUCCUCGGAUGGGUACUCAGGGAACGAAGUAGAAUACAUGCCCAGUUACGCAUCACCACAUGCCUACUCUACUGGAAAUUACAAACGAGAAAGUUACAACACUGGAGGUGGAGCUCCCCAUGGAGGAUAUAGUACGAAUUCUGGAUUUAAUUUCUUACCAGCCACUAUUAAAGGAUCGUAUUCAGUCACUGGAAUUAAGGGACAUUCCUCGGCUUAUCCUGGAGGACCACGAGAAACUGGAUCUAGUCCUGUCCACUUUAGCGGAAGUGGUGCACAUGGAAGUGAAGGUACCAGGUACAUAAUCAGCGGAGGAAGUCCAAACUAUGCCUCUUAUUCUUCAAAUCCCUCUAUGUCUCCUAAAGGGCAUAGUUCAGCAUAUUUAUCAGGAGGAUUUGGCGGAAGUGGCGGUUCAGGAAAAAUAAUAAUCAUCAAAGACAGUCCUUCCGGAAGUCCAUAUUCUAGUAGCAGUUCCUACCCUGGAGGACACAUGUACUCAAGUGCACCUUCGAUUGGAGGAAGUUUCAAAAUGACACGAGGAACCACUUUAGGAAACCCAGGUGCCAGUUACAUUCCCAGUUUCGCUGGAGGGUCGAGUCCUAGUUAUUCAAGUCGAUUUACAACUGGAGGUCACGGAGGAGGCUCAUUCGCGCCCUACAUGACUGCAUCUUAGACAUUGUGAAUUGUUUUUAUUUAUUUAUUGAAAUUGUUAUAUUAAGUUUGAUUGUUAAACUAUUUUUAUAAUUAAAUGAAAAUCUCAAUCUUA